GGUUCGGGGACGCGCUAAUAGUUAGAGCGGGCGCGCUAGUAUUCCAGCACAACAUAUCCCGGCUGAGCAGCGGUGAGAGGCCCGGCGCUCCCAUCAUGGCUGACAACGACAAACUGGACAACCAGCGGCUGAAGAAUUUCAAGAACAAAGGCCGCGACCUGGAGAGCAUGAGAAGACAGAGGAAUGAAGUUGUUGUGGAACUGAGAAAGAAUAAGAGAGAUGAGCAUUUGCUGAAAAGAAGAAAUGUUCCCCAUGAAGAUAUUUGUGAAGAUUCUGACGCUGAUGCAGAUUUCAGAGUGCAAAAUACUUCACUGGAAGCCAUUGUACAGAAUGCAUCAAGUGAUCAUCAAGGCAUACAGCUCAGUGCUGUGCAAGCUGCAAGAAAGCUCCUUUCUAGUGACCGUAAUCCACCAAUUGAUGACUUGAUAAAAUCUGGAAUUUUACCCAUUUUGGUUCAUUGCCUGGAUAGAGAUGAUAAUCCAUCUCUUCAGUUUGAAGCUGCGUGGGCUUUGACAAACAUUGCAUCCGGAACAUCUGAACAAACACAAGCUGUGGUUCAGUCAAAUGCUGUGCCACUGUUCUUAAGAUUAUUGCAUUCUCCCCAUCAAAAUGUCUGUGAGCAGGCAGUCUGGGCACUGGGGAAUAUUAUAGGUGAUGGACCUCAGUGCAGAGAUUAUGUGAUCAGCCUUGGUGUUGUUAAACCUUUGCUGUCUUUUAUCAAUCCAUCCAUUCCCAUUACAUUCCUAAGAAACGUUACCUGGGUAAUGGUCAAUUUGUGUCGUCAUAAAGAUCCACCACCACCUAUGGAGACCAUUCAAGAGAUUCUUCCCGCACUCUGUGUGCUUAUACACCAUACAGAUGUAAAUAUAUUGGUCGACACUGUUUGGGCCCUCUCCUAUCUGACAGAUGCUGGUAAUGAACAAAUUCAGAUGGUGAUAGAAUCUGGAAUAGUGACAAACUUGGUUCCUCUUCUAAGCAACCCAGAAGUUAAAGUACAGACUGCUGCUUUGAGAGCUGUUGGUAACAUUGUUACUGGAACUGACGAACAGACCCAGGUUGUUCUAAACUGUGAGGCGCUAUUACAUUUUCCAUCACUGCUGACACAUGCCAAGGAAAAAAUUAAUAAGGAGGCGGUAUGGUUCUUAUCCAAUAUCACAGCAGGCAACCAGCAGCAAGUUCAGGCAGUAAUCGAUGCUAACCUUGUGCCUAUGAUCAUACACUUGUUGGAUAAGGGUGAUUUUGGAACCCAGAAGGAGGCUGCUUGGGCUAUAAGCAAUUUAACAAUCAGUGGAAGAAAAGAUCAAGUUGCAUAUCUUAUCCAACAAAACGUCAUCCCUCCGUUCUGCAACCUACUCACCGUCAAAGAUCCGCAAGUCAUUCAAGUUGUGUUGGAUGGAUUAAGCAACAUUUUAAAAAUGGCUGAUGAGGAUUCUGAAACUAUAGCCAAUCUUAUUGAAGAGUGUGGAGGCCUGGAAAAGAUAGAACAACUGCAAAGCCACGAGAAUGAAGAUAUCUACAAACUGGCAUUUGAAAUAAUUGAUCAAUUUUUCUCAUCAGAUAUUGAUGAAGAUUCUAGCCUUGUCCCAGAAACAAUACAGGGAGGAACAUUCGGCUUCAAUUCAUCUGCCAACGUACCAGCUGAAGGGUUCCAGUUUUAGGAGGAAUGGUUGGAAGCGAGGUACAUUGCAGCACUGAAAACUGGUUUGAUCCAUCAAGCUUGGCUCAUGGGAUCUGCUGCAUUAAAUUGGAGAAAGAUGUGAGGACUUCAUUUGGAUGACAGUGUAGAGCAAAUGAAGUCAAGAUGGCGAGUGGAUGUGAGUGAGAGUGAGUGGCAAAUGUAAUAAACACUUCACACCGAAUGCUUAUAUAGGUUGUGCAGAGGAAAAGGGCUACAGGUCAUAGAUCUUCAGUGGGAACAUUGACCUGAAAGAGAAAUGCAGUACUAUCAUCAUCAAGCCUUGUAAGCAUAAAAAGAAACACAUGGGUAGGAUGCCCGCAUAAGUCCAAGGAGAUUAAGCCCAGGCCUUGCUUAGAAGCUCCGUAUGAAUGGACAGCAUUGAAUGAAUGUCUGGACACCCAGUUGUGAAUCCAGGCUCAUUUUUUUCUGAACGUGAGGCUAUUCACUCAUGAUGCAGACUCCCAGUCCUGGAGUGGCGUGUGUACGAGAGUAUGGGUGUGGUGCUGUAUGUGAACGCAUGCAAGCUUGAAUCGCCUUCAACGGGUUGACUCAACCUAGAUAAUCACAAAAAGAAUCAGAAGUGUUACCUUACACUGGACAUUAAAACAAAGACAUGUUUAGCAGCAGAUUUUGGGUUAUUUCUCAGCCAAUUUGCUUUCUUUUACUUUAUUUUUCUUUACCUUUUUUUUUUUUUCCUUUUUAACUUCAGUUUGUACGGCUUGUAUAUAUUUUUUUUUUUUCUCCUGCGCAUAAAAGAAGGAAAUUUAAGAAGGCAACGCUGUGCAUUUGCACCAGAUGAAUGUGUUCCGCAAAAAUGUUCCAUAUCAUCAGAGCUGAUUCGUGUACAAAAUUCUGCCUGGAACCCAGGACUGCCCCUAAAUCUAAAAGACUGUUUUUUCCAGUACAAGAUGCCAUAUGAGAGGAGACGAGUAGAGAGAGGAUACAAUGUGGGGUUCUGCAGCCAUUCAUUUUCAGAGAUAACAUCGUUACUUUGCAUGUUUAAUUUUUAGCUACGUUUCUGUUGAGUCCUGUACAGAUGUUUCAGUUGUGGUAGAAACUGUGCGGUGUUUCAAUACUUUGUUUUUGUUUUUUUUCUUCAACUUUUUUGUUUUCUAUGAAAAUGAUAUGGAAAGGUCUAAUUUCAAAAUGGGUGCAUAUGUACUGCUACAUUCAGAUUGUCAGGAGGCGCGACUAGAUAUGUACAGAUCUAUUCGUGCUUUCAACACCUUUACUAUGCCUAAGCAGUUCCAUUGUUUUAGAAUCUUUUUAUCUUUAGAUGUAAGGCAAGCCAUGAACAAUCUAUUUUGAGCCACUUUAGGGAGAUAAAUGAGUAUUUUAAAACUUGCAUUCUCUGCAUGCAAGUCUCUUUUAUUUGGAGAACUGCCUCUGCCUGGGGUACUGCACACUAAAUUCAAAGCUGCAUCGAUUAUGUUGUAUUAAGAGAACUCUUUAUAAGGUGGCUCAUUGUAGGAAAUGCUGUGCCUUCCCCUUGAGCACAAGUGUUGCAUGAACAACAAUUUGCUGUUAUUCCGACAUGCAAGGUUAGCCACCAUUAGCCUAGAUAUAUCUACUUUGUGUUUAAAUGGUAAUUCUCAAACACUGUAGACUGGAUAAAGAUUAUUUUGUGAUCAUAAUUUGUUGGAUUUAGAGUAUUUUUGCAGCAGUCCUUGUCAUCUGAAGUAUGGCUUAAGGUUACAAUUAGAAAUGGCUACUAGCUUGUACAUUUAUUUAUGUAGAAGGCAAGCUAGGCUGUCAUGGGGAAUAAAUAAUAAACCUUAAGAAACUU